CCGCACUUCCUCCUCGCGCUGUUCCCUCCGCUCCAUCGGUUAGAUCCGGGGAGUUUCUCUCCGCGGAGACCCAAAUCGCAUCACUGGGCGACUGCAAACACACGCAUUCUCCUCUCAGUUGCUCCAGCCGCUGUCAUCAGGGGCAAAAACCACCAGCAAACACUAACCACACCUGGAUCUAUCUCUUAAAGCCGUGUAUUUCCACCUGAUGUGAGAGAGUGUUUUGCAGGGAGCAGUGAUGGGCGCGUUUGGAGUGAUUCUGAGGAGUUUACAUUGUAUGGGACUCUACAUCCAACUUGGUGUCUGUCUCAGACAAGCUGGAAGCGACGACGUGGAGAACCAUAUAUCCAACAACGCGGUGUUCACUGAGGUCCCUCAUGACAUCACGGCGCGGAGCGGGCAGGACGUGGAGAUGGCCUGCUCCUUCAGAGGCGCCGGAUCGCCCUCCUACUCGCUGGAGAUCCAGUGGUGGUACAUCAGGAACCACAGAGAAUGGACCGACAAGCAGACGUGGAGCACCAAUCAGGUGGUGCCGCAGAAUGAGAUGGCAAAGGACGCCACCAAAAUCAGUGUAGUGAAGGUUGCUGGAAGCAACAUCUCCCACAAGCUCCGUCUGUCCAGCGUGAAGCCGGCGGACGAGGGAACGUACGAAUGCCGUGUCAUUGACUUCAGCGACAGUAAGCUGCGGCACCAUCGUGUGCGGGCGUACCUGCAGGUGGAGCGACCCGAGGGGAACGCAGCUCCUCCGCUCCAUCAGGGGGCGACGUCACAAGAGGAGGCUCUGCAGUCUGACCACCACAAGCACCACAAACCCAGCCGUGAGCUCCGGAAGAGGUCUGCUGAUGACCGCACCACUGACUGCACUGAGAGCUGCGCGCUUUAGGUUCCUCCUCCUUCAGUUACUGCCCCACCACACCACACCAAAUACCCAGAAUUCCUUACGCCUACCCCCAAACUAGGGAUAGCUCACCUGAAAAUGAACAAUCUGUCAUUUACACACUCUCAUGUUGUUCUAAACCCAUAUGACUUACGUUCUUAUUCCCAAAAAAAUAUUAAUACAAAUAUUUUAUGCACUUUUUUUUACUUUUUUUGCCUUUUUAUUUUUUAGCCCUAGUCACUCUCCUAUUUUGGUUAUCUUUCUGAAGUUUUUGAGUUUUAUUCUGCUUUACAAUUAUGCAAUAUAAAUACUUUUGUGUUUUAUGCAAAAAGAAAAAGGUGAGUUUAACAUGUCUUU